GAAAAGGCAUUAUAAUAGCCAGUGCUUCAGUGGAUGUUGCAUUGGAGCCUGUUUUAGGAGAUUUUGUAACCAGGCUAGCCCUGCCCUCCGGUUACAUACAAAGCCUGUUUCCUCCUCCAAGAAACCUUACAAAACCUGUUUCCAUUUCUCCAGGUUUUGCACCGUGUUAAGUGUCUUAUUUUCCCAUCUUCCCACUUAAUAGACCUACGGUAUUUGCAGUGCACCCACGAUUGGAGAAACUAUUUGCCAGCUUUGGGGCAAGAAGUGGGAGAAGUUUCUGCAUUUCAGGUUAUUUCAGGACUGCUCAAGAUGGGCCAUGUCAUGGACUAGCAGCACAUGGGAAUUGAUGUCCUUGUUGUUUACAUCCUGAGGAACCAGCCACAGCUCCCCACAUCCACUCUGAUACGGGUCUGCUUGGUGUCAACACUCAGAUUUCCACUUCCUUCUCCAAAUUGUCCUACAUUUCCCCAAAAUGAAUUUUGACCAGAUCCUCUCUGCAGUCGGAGGCUUCGGGAGGUAUCAGAAAACUCUGUACGUAUGGAUUUGUUUACCCCAGAUCCUCCUCGCUUUCCACAUGAUGGUGAGCAUCUUCACCGGAUCCUCGCCGCCCCACCACUGCCGAGAGACCAGCAGCUCAGUACCCGGGAAUCAGUCCUCAUUACCGGGUACACUCAGUGGGAACUUCAGCCUCUCGGAUUCCUCCUGUUUCUCUUCAGAUGUCAACCGGACUGAGCGUGUGCCAUGUGGACAGGGCUGGGUGUACAGCAAGGAGACUUUCCAGAGUACCACAGUCACCGAGUGGGACCUGGUGUGUGACCGAGCGGGACUGAACAGUCUCGGGUCGUCUGUCUACAUGUUCGGCCUGCUGGUGGGCUCUGUGCUGUUUGGAGCCAUGGCUGACAGGUACGGCCGACGCUUCGUCCUGCUGCUUUCCAUCGCUCUUCAGACCUUGUUUGGAGUCGCCGUGGCCUUUGCACCAAACUUCCCCAUCUAUGUGACUCUCCGCUUUCUAGUUGGCACCACGAUAUCGGGAGUCAUCAUCAACGCCUUUGUACUUGGCACUGAGUGGACGUGCACCAAAAGACGCAUGCUGGCUGGUAUAAUCACCGACUACGCCUUUGGUCUGGGCUACAUGCUGCUAGCGGGCGUAGCAUACUUGAUACGAGACUGGAGAAAGUUGCAACUGGCCAUAUCGGCCCCCGGUUUCCUGCUCAUCUUCUAUAUAUGGGUGGUUCCUCAGUCGGCCCGAUGGUUGUUGGCCAACGACAGAAGGGAGGAAGCCAUCGCACUCCUCCGCAAAGCAGCACUUGUGAACGGCCGUGUCUUACCUCCUGCUGUACAAAUUGAUAAGUUAAGUGGAGGGAAGCAAAGUUAUUCAGCAGUGGAUCUCGUAAGAACUCCUCAAAUGAGAAAGAGGGCUUUCAUCUUGUUCUACAUCUGGUUUGUGAAUGUGCUGGUGUAUUAUGGCCUCUCUCUGGGUGUGUCCAGGCUGGGGACCGACCUCUACCUGACCCAGUUUGUGUUCGGGUUGGUUGAGAUCCCGGCCCGUUCUGUGGUCCUGCUCGUCCUGCCCUACAGUCGUAGACUCUCCCUAAGUGGAUUUCUGGCUGUGGGAGGACUCGCCUGUCUGCUCACGCUCGCUGUUCCUGAAGAUUAUCCCCAUGUCCAGACUGGUCUUGCCAUGGUGGGAAAGUUCGGCAUAACAGCGUCCUUUGCUGUAAUCUAUGUGUACACUGCUGAGAUUUUCCCCACUGUGCUUCGGCAAACAGGACUAGGUGUGUCCUGCAUGUUUGCGAGGAUGGGCGGUGUGUUAGCUCCCAUGAUAAACAUACUUCACAGCCACAGCCCCACCACACCUCUGCUCAUCUUUGGUACCUUCCCGCUGCUCGGGGCUCUCUUGGCCCUGGCGCUGCCCGAAACGGCCGACAGACCUCUGCCAGACACGGUGGAGGACGCAGAGAACUGGGACAUGAGGUCGCCUUCCGACAAGGAGAAGGCUGAGAUGUCUGAGGAGACGAGCCAAUCAGUAAGCAGCACAGAAAAGCAGGAGAUAUAUCGUCUAGCUAACUGUGUGUGAAGUGUGCACAAAUUCAAUUAUUCACUUAACAACCUCAACUUUGUUACCAGGUACUGUACUUAAGAUGAGACAUUUUCAAUCAACUAUGGAAGUUUAGAGGGUUAGUUAAAUUUAGUUAAAGGCAGUUUUCUCAAGUUUUUUCCCAGACAGAAAUCCCCACUUCAGCACCACUUCUGUAGAUCUAUUCUGAAGUGUUUAACAUAUCAUUCAUAGUCUGAUUCAAAUGAUAUGUCAUUCUUAUUUUAUCUUUUUUAAUGGCUGUUUUCUGAUACAUGGAGUGAUAACAAGAAAGACCCAAAUGCCCCUCUGUAUAAACCUUUCACUUUCAAACCUGUCAACGAAAUGAAACAAUUUAAAACCUGGCUUUUUCCUAUGUUUGGAUUUCUGCUACGAAAAUGUAUGCCAAUUCCUGAUUUGCUUAUUUAAACAAAGAUUUCAGAAAACAUGGGUUAAUGAUUUCCUUAAGGGGAAAUGUGCUGGUUAUUUCAUAGAUAAAAUGCUCUACCCUAUUCACCUGUAGUGUAUCCUGUUCACACAACACCCUCUAUGCAAUACACGAUCUGCAUUAAGAGCUCUAUGCAAACACACCAAACUGAAAUGCACAUACGCACAAACAGGGCUUUUAUAUUUGCUGCCAAGGCUAAUUUAACAGCCUACAGCUUUUGAAAAUGAAGGUUAAAAGUAUUUCUUUACAAUCUGCUCAACUGUUUACACCUUUAAUAAAAAUGUUGAUAUGUGGUUUGAUAGAUUUUACAUACGUGAUGGGACAGAGUUUACACACACACAGAUUGCAUGUUUGUAUUGACUUUUUUUUUUUUCGGACUGAAGGGUUUGUUAUUAAAAUAACUUUAAUAUUUUUAUAUAAAAGUGUACCAUGUCUGUGGACUGUUGCUGGAAUACCUUUGUGGUACUUUAAUGCUGUAUUGAAAAAGCAAACUUCCUCAUUUUCUAUAUUCUCAAGCCAAGAUAAAUAAAGCUAGUUGAGUGAGAUUGCAUAGUUAAGUUGACUUACGUAGCUCAUUUGCGUUUUUUUUAUGGAUGCUAUUGGAUGUUUCUGUGAUUAAAAUGUGAAAAAUAUAUUUGAUAUCAGCA